AGUGCUUUCUGCCCGCUCAGCACCCGCCGGUCUCCGCCGACCUGAAACCAUAAGCGGCCGCUGACCCACAUCGACGCUGGGAGCACCGUGGGGGUACUACCUGCGCCCGCAGGAGGCAAGGGGGUCCCCCGUGUGGGGCGUCCCCCCCCCCCCCGCCUCGGAUCGGCCGUGGGUUGGCUUUGCUGGGCAGCGUCGAAGCCGAAGGGAAGCAGACUGAGAGGGGGAUUAGCUCUCUCGUGAAGACGUAGUUUGCCCUAAAAGAAGGAGCGGGGCACAAGAGAUCGCUCGACGGACCCCGGAUUCCUGCAGGCAUCGCUCCGUGCCCGGCUGACGGCGUGCCCACCAUGGAGCAAAGGGCCAGCAGGACCGUCUAAGCGGGUGCCCUCACCCGGAGCCGGGCAGUGCCGGAGGGAGAAGGGAGCGCUGCCGACGGGUCCGCUCAGCCCGCGUUCGGGAGGUCGUCGCGUUGUUGCGCAGCAGGUCACCUUUGGUACAGCUGUACCUAGCUUGUCAGUCAGGUGGAGCUGGGAGAGGAGCAGCAGGCAGCGCCUGGAGAUUUCUGUCUCUUUCUCUCUCUGCUGCCCUACCUCCUCCCAGCCUGCCUUUGCCCUCCCAGGCUAGACGAUGGGGAGACCUGACCCAGAGGAAGGGCGGCUCCCGGCUCCCGUGAAGCCCCCGGAUGGCGGCUGGGGCUGGAUCGUGCUCCUCGGCUGCUUUGUGAUCACCGGCUUCUCCUAUGCCUUCCCAAAAGCCGUCAGUGUCUACUUCAAGGAGCUCAUGAAAGAUUUCCACGUGGGCUACAGUGACACAGCCUGGAUCUCCUCCAUCAUGCUGGCCAUGCUCUACGGGACAGGACCAGUAUGCAGCAUCAUGGUGAACCAGUUUGGCUGCCGGCCCGUGAUGCUCAUCGGUGGACUGCUAGCUUCCUCUGGGAUGAUCCUGGCAUCUUUUACUACCAAUAUCAUUGAGCUUUAUCUGACAGCUGGCGUGCUGACAGGUCUGGGUAUGGCAUUGAACUUCCAGCCCUCACUGAUCAUGCUGGGCACCUACUUCGACAAGCGUCGGCCUCUUGCCAAUGGACUGGCUGCCGCUGGGAGCCCUGUCUUCCUUUCCUCCCUCUCUCCACUGGGGCAAGUGCUGCUGGAGAAGUUUGGUUGGCGAGGUGGGUUCCUUAUCAUGGGGGGGCUUCUGCUUAACUGCUGCACUUGUGGGGCCGUCAUGAGACCCCUGGAUAUGGGCAUGAAGCGGAAGAUGGAGAAAGCGCAGGACAAAUAUGAAGCCAAGGAGAUGCUGCCCAUAGGAGGGAAAUCAGAAGAGGGAAUCAGCUCUGCUGAUGGAACCAAGAAAGCCAAGAAAGCCAAGAAGAAGCCCAAGAAAGGAAAGAAGCUUCUGGAUUUUAGUAUCUUUUCCAACCGAGGGUUUAUCAUUUACACUAUUUCAAAGUUCAUCCUGGUCUUGGGUCUCUUCGUGCCCCCCAUACUGCUGGUCAACUACGCCAAGGACACGGGUGUCCCAGACACAGAGGCCGCGUUCUUGCUCUCCAUCAUUGGUUUCAUAGACAUCUUUGCCCGCCCAGCCUGCGGCAUGGUGGCAGGUUUGAAGUGGGUUCGCCCUCACGUGGCGUACCUGUUCAGCUUCUCUAUGCUCUUCAACGGCUUGACAGACAUCUGCAGUGCCAGGGCUAGCAAUUACACGGGGCUGGUCAUCUUCUGCGUCUUUUUUGGCAUCUCGUACGGCAUGGUGGGAGCACUGCAGUUUGAGGUGCUGAUGGCCAUCGUUGGCUCCCAGAAGUUCUCCAGCGCCAUCGGGCUGGUCCUACUUAUCGAGGCUUUCGCGGUGCUCAUUGGUCCACCCUCUGCAGGCCGCUUGGUUGAUGCUCUCAAGAACUACGAGGUGAUCUUCUACCUGGCGGGCUCGGAGGUAGUGCUCUCUGCUCUCUUCCUGGCCAUGGCCACCUACUGCUGCCUGAACCGGGGGAAGAAGAAGGAACCUCCCCCGGAGAAGAAUCCCUCUGCGGGCGGCGGGAGCGACACCGAGGAAGCAGAGUCCGACGUACAAGAAGCCGAGGAGCACAGCAGCGACAACCACCAGCCGGUCCACAGCACCGACAACGCCGUGGUGGUGGCCAGCGAGGAGGCCAACCACGUGGCAGAGGAGCAGAGCGGGGAGGGAGGAGGGUGUCCCGAAGGGGAUGGGGAGGUGUUGGCACGAGACGGCUGCAACGCUGACCAGAUGGUGGAGAGGGACAGGUUUUAGCCAGGGCAGAGGAACAGGGAUGUAUAAAACUGGCCUUGUUCGCAUGCACCUCAGCGUGGGAGGGUGGGUGGGAUACGGGGUGGAGAAAGCUGAGACAAAAGCAGAGGUAAGAAGUAAGAGGGAGAGGUGUAAGAAUAGCUGGUCCUCAUGUACAUAUGUCCACAUAACUACUCAGUGAUACGUUUACUUGCAUCCUGCACCCAUGCUGGUACAGCACAGGCUCAGAGCAGUCCAAACACCAAAAAGAAAAGAAAAAAAAAUAAUCUUCUUUCCUCCCUUCCAAACCAGCCCUGGAGAAAGUCUUUUGAAGAGGCUGCCAAGGACUCUCCUUUUCCCUCUGCAUUGUCACAAUACAGAACACAAUUAGAGACUCUUUGUAAUCAGA